UUGUCUGAUGUGUACUCGCCUCUUCUUUCGUCUUAAAUGGUGGGGCCGCUCAGCUGCCAGAGUCUGAUGUAUGCUCUGCCCCAGGAAGCGUCGACCAUUUGACUGAUCACUCCCGGUGGGGGCCUCGCGAGCCAGCGCGAAUUCGGAAAACGUAAAAAUGUGCCAACAACGAAAAUUGCACACAUCCAUCCCGUCUCCUCCGCUUUCACCCCGACUCUCCUGCGCAUGCAGAUCUACCCUUCCCCGCUUCCAGCAAUUGAAACCAUGGGGAGGGAAAACAGCAUGCACAUGAACUUCCGUGGGCCCGCGCGCAGAUCUGAGCAACUCGCGCGGAGCCUCGACGGCUCAUGCUGGCGUCGCGUUCUCCCCUUCGAAUUUGGCCGAGCGUGCGCAGGACCACCGUUGCUCGUGCCCCCAACCGCCUCCUCGCGCGACCCUGUCGGUCCUGGCGCGCAAGCUCGGGAGCAGGAGGGGCCUUCGCUCCCGACUGCACCUCCCCGUCGAGAUCCCCGUGGCAGAAUCUGGAGGCCAUCGUCCACGACGGCGCUGUCGCAUCAGGGCCCCGAAAACAAGGGCUUCGAUCAAACAGGACCUUGGCACGCCCAUGUCCCACGACACGUCAGCUCAGCAAAGAGAAAUGCCAGCCGCGCAGGAGGAACCGCAAUCUGAGAUCAGAACCGAUAAUCAUGGCUCGUGGUGUCCUGGCUUCCGGGGCCCUGGGCACAGGGGCGCACCGAGGCGCCGCCGGGGGCAGGCGACGAGCACUCGAGGUUGCCGCGGGGAUGCAGGGAAACACCGCGCAGACGCGCCAAGGGGGGCCGAAGGCGGCGUCGGACCCACUGUGCCUGUGCAGCGGUGCAGCCGCCUCCUCGAGGAGGAGGAGGAGGAGGAGGAGGAGGAGGAGGAGGAGGAGGAGGAGGAGGAGGAGGAGGAGGCGGCCUUCACCGGUAGACGGUGCAGCGCUCGCCUCGCCACGGGGGAAGCACACGGGCCCUGCGGGAGGCGGGUCCUGGACACGGGGAGCGGCUCCUCACUCCGGCCGCUUCCGGAUGGCCCCGGGAGAGCCCCCGGAGCUCGACAGCGGCGCACGAGACGCUCCGGGGCCCGAGCCGCCUCAGCCCUGAGAUCCGACGGCGAACAACAUAAACAGCACCGCAAUAAUCACGACCAGAGCCCUGCGGACUCCAUCCGCCUGGGCCAUUCUUCGAGCCAGAUCGAUCCGCGAGGGCCCGGGGGCCCGAACCCUGGGCGCAACCGCCCGUCUCGAAAAAACUGCAGCGCCCGGGUAUCAGGGCCGGGCCGCUUCCCCAAAGAACGGCCUAGACAUACACUUUCGAAGCUCCGCUUGGAGCGCCAAAAGCUUAUGUUCAUGCGUUUUCUGCUAUUCGACUCCAAGGCCCGUUUGCUCCACUAGAGGCCUCCCAGAUAGUGUCCGCGUAGUCAGAGUCGGAGGAUCGCGCCGCAUCGCCGAUGCGUCGGCGAAGCAUCGGCGAUGCACCAGCGAUGCACCGGCGAUGCAUCGUCGACGUGGGCGAUGCAUCGGAGACGUCGACGUGAAGCACAUCGGGCGCCACAUCGAGCCGCAUCCCCGAUGCAGCGGCGAUGCGGUGCGAUCCUUCGACCCCGUCUGCUCCCCAGACAUGCAACGUCCUGAUUUU